AUGAGAAAAAACAAAAUUUUAGGCCGAGAAUAUCCAAAAUGUGGUCUAGGUGGAGCCUUCCAUGGAAGAAUUUGCGUCUUUAGCGACACAUUUCCAAAAAAUGACUGGAUAGAAUCUGCGCUCAUACAGCAGAAUGAUCCGCGCGAUCGACUCUUUUAUUCUUCCUCUAGGCUCAGUUUUGUUCCGAGUUAUCUAUGGCUCUAUAGCAUUCGUAAAUGCAGAUAUAGAGCCAAAAUCCAUCAGGAUGAAUCUCUGAGUGAUGACACAGAGGAACUGGAAGAAGCAAAUGAUGAGAAUUUUGAUGAUCUGGAAGAUGUCAACUUUCAAGAGGAAGAAGAUGUAGACCUGGAAGAUGACAUUUUCGGCGAAAGCAGAGACUAUAGAGCGUCAAAACUUGUCGACUUUUGCAAAAUAAAGGCAAUUGGUGGAGACGGAGGUGACGGUUGUCUCUCAUUUAGGAGAGAGAAACAUGUUCCCCUUGGAGGAGCAAACGGCGGUAACGGCGGUCCUGGGGGCUCUGUUUAUCUACACUGUGAUGAAAUGCUUUCAAGUCUAAAUCACAUUGAUCAAUUUUACAUUUACAAGGCAAAAGACGGAGAGAAUGGUCUUGGAUCACAGCGCAACGGGGCCAAAGGAAAGGAUCUCGACAUUUUUGUCCCAUCAGGAACUGUAGUUUACGGAGAAGAUGGUGAAAUAUUUGGAACUUUACUGAGGAAAGGGGACAAGAUUAGAAUCGCACGUGGAGGAAGAGGUGGAAGAGGAAACAAGCAUUUCAUGACGAAACUAAAUAAUGCCCCAAAAAUAUCUGAGCGAGGUGAACGUGGCAUUUGCAGAGUUGUAUCACUAGUUUACAAGAUACCGGGAGAUAUUGCCCUUGUUGGUAGACCAAAUUCCGGUAAAAGCUCAAUUCUCAAGAGUUUAACCAAAGCUAGACCAAAGAUUGCAGAUUAUCCAUUCAGCACAAUAUCACCUGUGCAUGGCGUUAUGGACUAUGAUCGUAUAACUCAAGAGGAUGAGAAUUCUGGUAUUGUCAAUGAUGUACCUGAAGAUGAUACACAAUCUACUUUUGAAGAAGCUGAAGAGGAAUUGCCAAGAGAAGAUGAAAAUGUACAUUCUCAAAAUGAUACGGAAAGGGAGGAAGCUCUGAAAAGAGGAAAGCUAGUAAUUGCAGACGUGCCCGGAUUGAUUAAAGGUGCUCACGAGGGUCGUGGUUUGGGUCAUGACUUUUUAAAGCACAUUGAAAGAUGCCAAGUACUGGCGUAUGUUGUAGACAUUUCAGCAGAGGAUCCCCUUGAAGAUUACAAUGCCGUAAAGGGGGAAAUUGGUCUCUAUGAUGAUGAACUACUCUCGAGGAUGGAUAUUGUCCUUUUAAACAAAAUAGAUUUGGUGAAUCCCGAUAAAGUUACUACCAUCUUGGAAUCAUUCAUAAAACACUGCAAUCAUGAUCGUAUCUACCCAAUUUCAGCAAAAACACUGGAAAACUUUGAGACAAUAAGACCGAUCCUUGCAAAGCUUCAUCAGGAAAUUCCUGUUCCAUGUGUAAAUACUGAUGUCCCUACUGUCUGCGAAUUGGACAAUUUCAGGAAGCUUGAUCCUCGCAAUUUCAAAGUAACAAAGAUCGGGGAAGGCGAAUUUACGAUAGAAUCUCCCUAUUUGGAGAGGAAAAUCGCAAUGAUGAGAUUCGAACAACCAGAAACAUUAGACAGGCUAAGAGGAAUGUUGAGACGAGCCAAGAUGCAAAGUAAAAUGGUAAAGGCUGGAAUUUCUCCCGGAGAUACCGUACACAUUGGAGAUCUUUCAUUUAGUGUCAGUCAGAAUAUACUAAUGUGA